AUGCCAUCUCCUCCCCACAACCGACGAGGGUCUGGCGGAAGGGGUUCGUCUCCUCUCGAAGAAGGCAACGCGCACCGAUCGCCUGCCGUCCUGCGCUCUCAGCAGCGGGAGGUCCCGAGGGACGAGAUAGACGAUGCUAUCGAUGGCGCUUGGGACGACCAGGAGGAGGAAGAAAGGCGGCGCGAGGAGAGAGAAAGGCAGCGCGAGAAGGAGCGCGAGGAGAGGCGCGCUCGGGAAUGGCAACAACUCUUGCAGGUCGCCAGGCUCUCGCGAACCGUCGUGGAGGGGUUCGACCGCCGGAGUUGCCCAGGCUCAGCAAGGACCUGCUUCGACAAGCGCAGCAGCGACGAGCAUGUCGGUUUCCACACCGACUCUGAGGGCGGCGAGCAGGCGGGCUGGAACCCGGAGUGGGACGAUGCUAUCGAUGGGGGCUGGAGCGACGAGGAUGCCACCAACGCCCGGGCGGAAGAAGCUCCUCCGCACCAGUCUCGCCGUUCAUCCCGCGGUGCUCGCCGCUGA